GCCCGCAGGUCGGCUUCACCGCGACGACGUCGAGCGCCAAAUUCAAAGAGGGCGCCAUUUUGUGGCCGGGGUUUAAGACCUUAACAGAGGAAGGAGGGAAAGGAAUGGCUCCUUUGGGGACGAAGGGAGAGCCAGGAGACAUGGUUUCAGCUCCAUCAAGCGCUGAAGGUGAUGCUAUCAAGGUUUACAUCAGAGUGCGUCCUCCUUCAGAAGAAAGUAGCCAAGUUGAUGGGGCCCAUGGUUUGUGUUUAUCUGUUCUGUCCACAAACACCAUCCGUCUGCAUUCAAAACCUGAACCUAAGAUCUUCACCUUUGACCAUGUGGCAGAUGUAGAUACAACGCAGGAAUCGGUGUUUUCAAGUGUGGCAAAAAAUAUAGUGGAGUCAUGUAUGAAUGGCUACAAUGGAACCAUUUUUGCAUAUGGUCAGACUGGUUCGGGGAAAACAUUUACUAUGAUGGGACCUCCUGACUCUGAUAACUUUACACAUAACCUGAGAGGUGUGAUACCACGAAGCUUUGAAUAUUUGUUUUUUUUAAUAGAACGUGAAAAAGAAAAGGCUGGUACUGGGAAGAGUUUUCUCUGUAAGUGCUCAUUUAUUGAAAUCUACAAUGAACAGAUAUUUGACUUGCUGGAUUCUGCUACAGCAGGACUUUUCCUCAGAGAGCACAUCACAAAAGGAGUAUUCGUUGUUGGUGCAGUGGAGCAAGUGCUGACCUCAGCUGCUGAAGCUUAUCAAGUGUUAACCACGGGAUGGAGAAAUCGUCGUGUAGCAUCUACCUCAAUGAAUAGGGAGUCCUCAAGGUCGCAUGCUGUCUUCACUAUCACUGUAGAAUCAAUAGAGAAGAACAAUGAAGUUAUGAAUAUUCGAUCCUCUCAGCUCAAUUUGGUGGAUUUGGCUGGAUCUGAGAGACAAAAAGAUACUCAUGCUGAAGGAGUUAGGUUAAAGGAGGCAGGGAACAUCAACCGAUCGUUAAGUUGCCUGGGCCAAGUAAUCACUGCACUUGUUGAUGUGGGCAAUGGAAAACAGAGACACAUCUGCUACAGGGAUUCCAGACUUACCUUCCUGCUUAGGGAUUCACUUGGAGGUAAUGCUAAAACAUGCAUCAUAGCAAAUGUUCAUCCAGGAUCCAGAUGUUUUGGUGAAACCUUGUCCACUCUUAACUUUGCUCAGAGGGCAAAACUGAUUAAAAACAAGGCUGUGAUAAAUGAAGACACGCAAGGAAAUGUAAGACAAUUACAGUCUGAAGUGAAGAAACUGAAAGAGCAACUUGCUCUGCUUACUGCAGGGCAGUCUGUGUAUGAUGCUUCUCAUCCUGCAGGUACCAUCACACAUGAUGUGGGAAAUAAAGAUUAUAAGAAUCAUUUCCUUGAAGCCAUGCUGUUCUUAGAAAAGUCUGAAAAUGAAAGAAAGAUAUUGUUAGAAAAAGCUUCCAAACUAGAAGACCUAUGUGUCAAAAAAGAGAAAUUCAUUCAGUCCAAUAAGAUGAUAAUUAAAUUCAGAGAAGAUCAUAUAGCUCGCCUGGAAAAACUGCAUAAAGAAGCUUAUGGUAGCUUUUUGCCCAUGGAACAAGAAGAGUUGUUCAGAGAGUUGAAAGAGGAGCUGGAGACCCUCAGGGACCAGGUAGAACAGCAUCCACGAGUUGCAAAAUAUGCCAUGGAGAAUCAUAUUCUCCGAGAAGAAAAUAAACAACUUCGCUCCUUACAGUCUGUGAAAAGAGCACAGGAAAUGGAAGCUCAAACCAUGGCAGAACUGGAGAAAGUGUUUUUUGAAGCUUCAGGUAGAGAGUGUAAUAACAGAGGGCAGCAGGCAUGUUCUGUUACUGUAUCAACAGAGAGCAAUACUGCAGCAUCUAUUGAAAGACUGAAAGAACGUCUGAUGCAUACACAGAGUGAACUGGCAAGUUGCAAACAAGAACAUGAAGAAUUCAAAGAGCUGACAAAGAAAAAACAAAUGGAACUAAAAUCAGAACUUCAGUCUGUACAGAAGGCAAACCAACAUCUUGAAAAAAUUUUGGAAGCAACUAAGGCCUGUAAACGCCAGGAAGUUUCUUACCUUAAUAAAAUGCACAGAGAAACUUUAAAGAACAUAACCACUCCAACAAAGGCUUAUCAGCUCAGGUCUAGACUGGUGCCACGACUAACCCCUGAAAUGUUAAGUCAGGAAUCCCCUCUAAGUUCAGGAGAGAUGGUGGACGAUAUUUUUAAUGAGCCUAUGCCUCCUGAGAUGAAUGAACAAGCAUAUGAAGCUAUUGCAGAAGAGUUGGAAGUGGCGCAGAAAGAGUUAAGCACUCUUCAGACCAAAUUAGAUGCAGAAGAAACUAAAGCUGUAAAGCUUCAGCAACAUAUUAAUAAGCUGGAGCACCAUUCUUCACAAAUGCAAGAGCUUUUUGCCUCUGAAAGAAGUGAGUGGCAGUCUGAAAAACAAGGGCUUCUUGAAAAGGUUGAUUCUCUUGAAAAGAAAUACCAGGAUACUCAGAACCAGGCUGACAUAUUAAAGAGUGAAGUUCAUGACUUGCGAAUUGUCCUGCAGUCUGCAGAUAAAGAAUUAUCUGCUGUAAAAAUGGAGCAUGACACCUUCAGAGGAAAUCAAGAGAAAGAAAUAAGUGAACUUUCUGUUAGACAUAUUAAUGUGCAACUGCAACUAGACAAUGUCAGACUAAGGUAUGAAAAACUCCUUGAAGAAAAAGCAAGUCUGCAAGAUAACUAUGACAAUCUCCAAGAAAUAUUGAAAUUUGAGACAGACCAACUGACACAGCAGAUUCUUGACAGCAAGCAGGAAAAUGAAACACUAAAAACUGAGCUUCAGAGUUUGUUGGCCCUACUAGAAAGUGAAAAAGAACAUAAUCAGAAACUUACUAUGCAGUUGCAAGAAGAUAAAGAGCAUAAUUCCAGGGAGCACUUGAAAGAUCUUCAAAUUAUGGAGCUAGAGAAACAGUCCUCUAAAAUGGUGUCAAGAUAUGAGCAACAGGAAGCCAAGGUGCUGAAACUGGAACAAAGCUUAACUGCUGCUGAAGUAGUUAUUGCUUCACUGCAGAAGACAAAUACUGCUGAAAAGGAAGUUGUAUCAGAUCUGAUGAGCCAAAUUAUGGAGAUGAGAACAUCUAUCUGUCAGAAGACGGAGUGCAUAGAAGGACUCACAUGUGAGCUGGAGGACUUAAAAUGUAAGUAUAAUUCUGCUUUGGUUGCAAAAGAAGACAGCAAAACAAUUGUAGAAGAUCAAGAAAGGCAAAUUGAAGGGCUGAAAGAGACCUUGGAGAGAAUACAAGCAGCUGACAAAAUUGAGAAGGAGAUACUUUGUGAAGAAUUGCAUCAUACCUCAGAGCAGCUAAGCAGGUUAACUGAAGCUUCUAAAAAUCAUGCAGCACUUCUUCAGUCUGCACAAGAAGACAUAAUUAGGAAAGAAACAUUAAUCCAAGAACUUCAGGAGCAGCUGGACAAAAAGACAAAAGAACUGGAAAACAGGAGGGCUGAAUAUGAAUCUAAAAUGCACCAGCUAGACUGUGUUAUGGAAUCUGCUGCUGUUGCACUUCCACAGACUCCCAAAACUCCACCCUGCUUUGACACAAAUCUUGCAAAGCUAUUAGAAACACAUGAGCAGGAGAUAGCAGAUCAGAGAGCAUCUGCAGUUAACCUGGAACAUCUUGUUGCUGAGUUAAAUGAAGAAAGAGAUGCUAAAAAUAAUGAAAUUCUAAGACUGAAGUCUCAAUUAUGUGAAUUGGAAAAUACUCGUCUGGAAAUUCAGGUAUUAAUGGAAAAUAACAGAAAUCUGCAGAGCCAACUUGAAGAAGCCAGAAGAGGAAUGCGUAUCAGUGGUACACAAAAUCCAGGUAUUCAAGAUCUAAGAGAGAAAGAAAAAGAACUAGCUGAAGAGAGACUGGCAAAGAAUAAAGUAAUGGAAGAAAUGCUGAAGGUUAAAUCAGAGUUAGAAAGAACCAGAAGUAACCUUGGAAUUAAAGAGACUGCCUUUCAAGAAAUGAGUCAAGAGAUGGAACGAUUAAAAGCUUUGGAAUCAAAGACAUUUGAGGAGAAACAGCAAAUACGAUCAAAACUGGAGGAAACAUGUGAAGAAAGAAUAAAAAUUGAAAAGGAGAUGUUCCUUCUAAGGAAACAGAUUGAGGUUCUUGCUGAGGAGAAUGGAAAACUGGUUGGUCACCAAAAUGUAAAUCAGAAGAUCCAGUAUCUUGUCAAACUGAAGAAGGAACAUGCUAAAUUGAUAGAGGAAGUAGAAGUACUUCGUGUUGAAAAUGCCUGUUUGAAAGAAAGAUGUCAAGAAUCAUAAUUUACUGCAUCAAGAAAUAAGUGCUACAUUAAUAAUAUCUACAAAGCAAAAAAGUAGCACUUAACCUUAUUCCCAUGAGUCUAAAUAUCUUCUUCAUCAAGUAUUGAUUAGCUGGAUGGGUUUUGCUCGGAUGGAUCUUCUGUAUUACUGAGCUAAGCUGACAAAUCAGUCCCAAUCACAUAUGUUAUGUGCCAGGAAUUAACACUUGAAAGCACCUCUGUCUCCAUAAUACUUAAACUUCCAGGCUUCCUGACUUUCAAAGAAGGCCAGUGGAUCUCACAAAUUGGACUAAUUUUAGACUUAAAAGUACCUCUGAUGUGUUUUCUACAAUGUAUAUAUUUUGAAUGUUCAGUUUUGAGACUAUAUUCAGCCUUUGGAAUAUAAAUUAAUUCACCUUUUUAUUACUCAAAUAUUUACUACAAGUACAUUUUGGAUUUGUUUGUUUGUUUAGAUAUAGCUAUCAAUUAAAUGUCAAGUCAGUCUUCUACCUGUUAGUAUAGACAAUGUGAAUUUGAUAUCCUAGUCUUCCUUCAUUUUAGCUAGUUGUUAUAUUUGAAAGUAAUCGUCUUGUUUAGCCUAACGCUGUCAAGCAUUGAUGUCAGCUCUGUCAUCUAGCCUGGAAUCUUAUUUGGAUAUUGUGCCCUGUUAAUUUUACAAGGUUUUCUUUUUCACACUAAAAAAAGUGUGGUCAUCUAUUGUAAAUAACUGAACUGUUAGUACUCCAAAAAACGAGACACACAAGGGAGACAUAUUUUAUGAAAUAAUUAUAUUAUCUCUCCAAGGUGAAUUCAAUUGUAAAUAGUACUUAAAAAAUAAAAAUAAAAGUUUGAUUAAAAUUAUGGGUUAAGACCACACUUUAAGUGCCGGGUGGUCUGUAGCUUGUUUUCUGUAAUUAGUUCUGGUGUUUCUGUUUCAACAGAUUAUAGGGUGCUAGAUUAUCAGAUGUCUCAAACUGUGAAAGUGCUGCAGGUUCAAGUGCUCCCUCCUCCACCACUCUUUUGUGCCUGUUUUAUUUCCAGCUUACUGUAAACAUGUCAUAUGAAUUAGGGAACAGAAUUGUGCUAAUCUGAAAAAAUAUGAAAUAUCAUAAUUGCUCUAACGUAGCCAUCACUCUUACUAGAGGAUAACAUGGUUUGAAUGUGAAACGUAGCUGUAGUUUCUCUAAUGUAGCCAUCAUUCUUAUUAGAGAGAAAAAAAUGUAGAGGGAAUUGGCAAGUUACUAAUCACAUAUUCUCCAUAUUUAGUAACCAGGUUAAAACUAGACUUACGUAUGUUUUCAUUUUACAUAUAAAGCAAGAACACACAUGUACAAAAUAGAUUUCUUCUGUGACAGGUAAGAAUGGUAGAUAACUGUCUUGGCAAAAUACACAGAAGCGGGAAGUGGCAUCCUACUUUCUGGCAUGAAAAAUGGCACAGGCAUGUAAUUUCUUUGGUACUUAAGUGAAGCUGCAAAGGAUACUCAGUUUGUGGACUCUAGGCUGUAUGUUAGCAACCUGUGAGAUUAUACAGUGCAUACUGCUGCUCCAUGCUGUAGAUGCAAUGGAGGGCAAAUGGGUGCCUGCUGAAACCAAGGACUGCUGUGUCCUAUUGGUCUAUUUCUCAUAUUUAGUGUUACUCUUUUGGGAGUGCCCUUUCACCAAAGUAAGUAUUUUAGGAACUUGGUCAAACUACCUUUCUGAUCUAAGUAUUGUUACUGCUUUGAAUGUUCACAUUCCAUUUCCUGCUUCCUUUGUUGUGAACUCGUCUCCUGGUCCAUGAUACACUUGACAGAAGUGUAACUUUAUGGCAGCUAUAACAAUUUUCAAGACUCAGGGGAGUGGGGAGUUACACAUAUUAGGCAUUAUUCUUUCAAGGACAACAUAUAAAAGGAUUUUGUACCUAAAUGAGUAGUCUUAUUUCUUUCAAAAUAGUGCUAGCUUAUAAAAUUGAUGUCUAAAUAUCUUUAAUUGCUCGUGUCUAUCAUAUAGCCUUCUGCGCUCUAUGUAAUAUUCAUAAAAGCCCGAUUUUCUUUCCUCUGUUUAUUGAAUAUGUGUAGGGAGAGAAAGACGACGGCCCUGAUGUCCACAGAUUCAGAUAAAAUCUCCUUCUCUUGGUAAAUACAUGUUGUCGUUAGUUGCAGUAAAUAGGCAAUAAAUGCCUGUAUUUUCCCAUUUCCUAUUGGUUUUUUAAUAAAUAUUUUAAUAUAUAGCAGAAAAACAAUUAGUUAUCCACUAUAAGUUUUGAGUUGUUCAAGACAAUAUCCUUCCACAGUUUCAAAAUACAUUCAGUGCUACAAAGCUAAGAGGCUGUGUUUUUGUUGUUGUUGUUUUUUCAUGUGUAUAUCCUCCCACUGCCCUCUCCAUUUAUACACUAUUUGAAGACUCUUCAACUAUGGUGGGUUAGUUUAUCCUGCAAUAAUCAAUCCUUCAUUUGUGCACUUGUUUUUUAUAUAUAUAUAAAUAUCUGUUUGAAAACAGCUGUGGAACAACUAUCGACCAUUGCUGUGUCUAAAACAGCAGGCUGUAUGUUAUGUGAUGUCUUCAUGCUUUUAUAAAUAAAUGAAUUCAUACUUUUUAAAAUGAA